AUGACUGGGCGAAAUUGUUUGCCUAGUGGUCGUUGGAGUGGUGUUCCUACCUCUCAAUCUCGGCCUGUAGCGGCAUCUGUGUCAUCUUUUUCUAGUGCUGUCCAGAGUGAUGCUGCUCCAACUGCUACUCCUGAUCCCAUAUCUAUACCAUCUACUAUUGCUUCUACUACAGUUUCUGUGCCUCCUACUAGCACUACUCCAGCUCCUGUUGCAGUUACUACAGUAGGUCCCCGUCUUUCUAUUUCUUCCUCCACUGAGGGUGGUGAUGCUUAUGCUUCACAUCGAGUUCGUAUCUAUGUCCAGUCGGGCAGGUGGCACAAGUAUUAUGAAGAGACUAGUAAGAAGCCUGUUUGGGUUGAGGAUGAAGUUUGGAAUAAAUGGCUUGCAUACUGGAAUAAAGAUGAAUUCAAGCAUAAGUCUAGGCAAGCGUCUAACAAUCGGCGCAGUGAGACAGGAGGUGAAGGGAACGGAAUGAGUAGGCAUAUAGGAGGUUCCAAAUCAUUUGUUGAGCAUGCUAUAGAUUUGAGUAAGUCACUUCAGAAGCCACCUACAGCAUUUGAUAUCUUCUGCAAGACUCAUAUUAGUAAAGAAGGAAAAGGUGUUGAUUCACGAGCACAAGACGCCAUGCAGAAGAUGGUUGAGACUGUUUCACAACCAUUAUCAGAUGGUUCACAGCCUUCCCCACCUAAUAUGGAUGCUAUAUGCUUGGAGGCUUCUGGUGGAGAAAAGAAAAGGAGAGUUUAUGGUCUUGGAUCACAGCCAUCGAGCUUGUAUCCAAACUCAUUUUGUAGUGGUGCUACAUCAGCUCCCCACCACCUCCAGUGGCUACUAUUCCCCCAGAGAUCAUUUCUGAGAUGGAUGACAUGA